UUUUUCUUCAUUUUUAUUAUUUUAUUAUCAUAAUUAUUCCCCAUUUUCCAUAGCCGGUGGCAGCCUUCACAGUUCACACAGAAGAGCAUUUGCAGAAACAGUGUCCCAAAAAUCCUAAUCACCUUUCUUCCUUGAAUGAAGCACCUUCAUAACUUCAAUGGCCAUUUUUAGGUAAACCACUUUUGGAGAUUACAGCUGGGGAGUGAGUUGUACUGUACUCUACCCCACAGAGAACUAAUUUGUAAGACUACCCUUUUUCUGCGCUUGUCUCCACAUGCAGCCCCCAAUUCCUGCGCUCAAAAGAACUAGAUAAAGAGGAUUUCUUUGCUUCUGAAUCCUUUCUUUUUUAAUCAUUACCGUUUUUUUUGCAUCAAACUCUGCUCGCCUUUGCAAGCAAACACAGCUCAGUUUCAUCAUGAUCUUGAUCGUCAAGUGGGGUUCCGAAUCUGUCCCUGGAAACUGAAGAAUGAGUCCGACUCUGUGUUGUUGGAUUUCAGAUAGAGAAGGAAAUGAAGAGUGAAGGCUUCGAUGCGAUCUGGAGCUGGGAAGUAGCAACUGAACAGAGCGCACAAAGGUAUAAGUUUAAAACGGCGAGAGCCCGUUUUAAAUGUCCAAAACGGCUGCUUUUAAGGUGUUUUGCUUGAGUUGUUUGAUCUUUGAAUCUUUGCGAGGAAAUGGACUCUUUGUUCAUCUUCUUGGUCAUUUUAACAAUUUUCUCACGCGGUACCGCUGAGCCGAUCGAAGAUAAGCAAGCUUUACUUGAUUUUCUUCACAAUAUCUCCCACUGGCGCCCUCUGAAUUGGAAUAAGAACUCUUCAGUGUGCAGUAGUUGGACUGGGGUGACCUGUAACCAUGAUGAAUCUAGAAUCAUUGCUCUCCGAUUACCCGCAAUGGGCUUUCAUGGCCCUAUCCCACCGAACACUCUUGGACGGUUAUCGGCCAUUGAGAUUUUGAGUCUUAGAUCGAACAGCAUAUCGGGCACUUUCCCAUCAGAUUUCUCAGAACUUGGAAAUUUAACAGCAUUGUAUCUUCAGUUCAACAAAUUCUCCGGCCCUUUGCCUUCAAAUUUUUCGGUUUGGAAGAAUCUUGCAAUAGUCAAUCUCUCCAACAAUGCCUUUAAUGGGAGUAUCCCUUCUGCGAUUUCCAAUUUGACUCUACUCACUGUACUAGAUCUCGCUAAUAACACACUUUCAGGUGAAAUACCCAAGCUGUAUCUUCCUAACCUGCAGCAGCUGAAUUUAUCAAACAAUAAACUCGUUGGGAGUGUGCCUCAGUCCCUGCAUAGGUUUCCUAGUUCAGCAUUUGCUGGUAAUAAUGUUUCUGCUGACACUUCAGCUUCGACAAUUCCACCAGUUCUUCCUCCCAGUGCUCAACUGUCAAGGAAAACUAAGAAGCUUUCUGAACCUGCUAUAUUGGGAAUUGUACUAGGCAGUUGUGCUCUAGGGUUUGUGGUAUUGGCAGUUUCAAUGAUUGUUUGCUGUUCGAAUAGAGGAGUUGAAAGUGUUCCAGGACAAGUGCAGAAGGGAGAACAGUCUUUAAAGAAAAGGGUUGGCGAGGGCCAAGAUGCAAAUAACAGGCUUGUGUUCUUUGAGGGUUGUAGUCUCGCAUUUGAUUUGGAGGAUUUGUUGAGGGCUUCUGCUGAAGUUUUGGGAAAGGGGACGUUUGGGAUGACAUAUAAGGCUGCUUUGGAGGAUUCAACCACAGUGGUAGUGAAGAGAUUGAAGGAAGUGAGCGUGACAAGACGGGAGUUUGAGCAGCAUGUUGAGGUUGCUGGAUGCAUUCGACACGAGAAUCUGACUUCACUCAGGGCUUAUUACUAUUCCAAGGAUGAGAAACUUACGAUGUAUGAUUACUACAGCCAGGGAAGUGUAUCUGCAAUGUUACAUGGGAAAAAAGGGGAAGGCCACCCUCCUUUAGAUUGGGAAACCCGACUAAGAAUUGCCAUUGGGGCAGCAAGAGGCGUAGCUCACAUUCACACAGAAAAUGGUGGCAAACUUGUCCACGGGAACAUAAAGGCCUCAAACAUUUUCCUCAACUCCCAGCAAUACGGUUGCGUAUCAGAGUAUGGUUUGGCAACAUUGAUGAACCCAGUAGCCCCUUCACUGAUGAGAGCAGCAGGGUAUCGAGCCCCAGAAGUAACAGACUCCCGUAAAGCAACCCAAGCUUCUGAUGUCUACAGUUUUGGUGUCCUGCUGCUUGAGCUGCUCACUGGCAAAUCCCCCAUACAUGCCACGGGCGGUGACGAGGUUGUACACCUGGUCAGGUGGGUUCACUCCGUAGUUCGAGAGGAGUGGACUGCAGAAGUCUUUGAUGUGGAGCUGUUGAGAUACCCAAACAUAGAGGAGGAGAUGGUUGAGAUGUUACAAAUAGGGAUGGCUUGUGUUGUGAGAAUAGCAGAGCAGAGACCGAAAAUGCAGGAGGUAGUGAAGAUGGUAGAGGACAUCAGGCGGAGUGGCACUGGAAACCAGCCAUCCUCCGAGACUAAAUCGGAGGUCUCGACCCCACCACAGCUGGUGAAUGAGAUUGGCUCUUCUCUUCAACAGUGAGAUGCUUUGUAUUUCUAGUUAUUGGGUUGUUGUCAUGUUGUUUUCUCUUGCAAUUCAUCUGUCUGAACCAGGCACAUGCUCUGGAUUGAUUUGGCUGUCCGUUUAUGGAAUUCCUUUGACAA